AUGGAGAUAGCGGCAAUACCAAAUACACAACAAGUUGAUACCAUAAGCAAGACGGGACUUCAGACUAGCGACGACCCCAAGGUAAUCUGGGAAAGACAGUUGCUGAAAGAGGGUUCGUACCUAAUAGCGGAUUCCCUCGCCCAGAACUCUAGCAAGUCCGCCGCGGUGUUCCGAAGAUAUGACAAGCUUGCCAUGCAUCGGCUCAUUGUGCUAAGCAGAGAAUUAAGAGGCUUCGAAAAGGCACACGAUCGGCGUGUAGACGAUCUUGGCCUUGGACGGGGUCUAGACGAACCAGAAAGCGAAAUACACAGCGAGCAGUUCGGUCUCAAGGUCAUGGAAUAUUGUGAGAGGGACCCCGUAUUCGAACGAUUGAAGUUUGCUGACAACAGUUUGGACAAUCUUAUGGCUGCUUACAGCAGCGUGCUGCAUCUCGAGGCUCCCGCAGGACGAACAGUCGAGGCACUCGAUCGCUUCAUCUCCAGCCCAGAACUCCAUGGGAAGACUGCGAAGCCAUGGCUCGGUCACCAGCUGAAGUACCGAACGGACAAAUAUGGCGACAAAAUCACGUUCACAGACCUCGUCAGUCUGUACACUCCUGCUGAAAACGAUUACCUGUCAAGAUUUGUCGACAAAUUCCUAUACCCUUUCUUCUUGACCCCCGGGUCAAACAAGAAUGCGAAGUACGUCAACGAACAAAAGAUGCAGAAGUUUGUCACCUUCAUCGGCACCAUCAUCUCAAUUGGCUUCCUGGUAUCUGCAAUGUGGGUUUUAUGGCGAUUGGAGAAGCAAAUGAUCGCCAAGCUGGCCACCGUCACCGGAUUCGUCGUGGCAUUUGCUGGGUGGCUAGGGUUCUUGACAACAGCGCAAAGGAAGGAUGUCAUCGCAGCUACGGCGGCGUAUGCGGCUGUGCUGGUUGUGUUCGUCAGCCAGCAAAACUGA